CGGCCCUCUACACAAACAAGGCUGCUGUCUCGGUGUUGCACUUCCCCUCAAGUCGCCUGUUUUUUGUUUUUCAUAAAAGACUCCUGACAGAAUAUGGAAAACUACGAGAGGUUGUUGUGUUUGGGCAGGGGGGGAUCCGCAGACGUGUUUCUCAUGAGGCACGUGGAGCGGAAGUGCCUGUACGCGGUGAAGAGGAUUAAGGUGGAGGCCACGAGGAGGGCACACGGGCAGAGGGCUGUUCUCCAGGAGGCUGAAAUCAUCAGGAGGCUGGAGCAUCCUCACAUUGUGAAAUGCAGCGAGGCCUUUGUGAACUCUGAUGAUGGGUUUGUUUACAUUGUGAUGAGCUACUGUGAUGGAGGCACGUUAGAUGACAAAGUAAAAGAGAGGAAACCAAAGGAGUUCUUCGCAGAGGAGACUGUGAUGGGGUGGUUUGUCCAGCUCACCAUGGCGGUAAAUUAUAUACACGCAGCCAGAAUACUUCACAGGGACAUCAAAACCUCAAAUGUGCUCCUGACAAAGCAAGGCGUGGUAAAGUUAGGGGAUUUUGGCAUAUCCAGAGUAAUGACCAGCACGGUUGAUAUGGCUUCCACAUAUGCUGGGACACCCAGCUACCUAAGUCCUGAGCUGUGCCAGGAUGUUCCGUACAGCUGUAAGUCUGACAUCUGGGCUCUGGGUUGUCUCCUGUAUGAGCUCUGCGUUCUCAGGCCUCCUUUUGCAGCCACAAAUCUCCUGAGUCUGUUCAAUAAGAUUACCAAAGGAGAGUACCAACCUGUGCCUGACAUGUACCCAGACAGCAUUUCCUCAUUAAUCCAAGCCAUGCUCAGCCUCAAUCCGGAAAACAGGCCCAGUGCUGCUUGUAUACUUAGCAGUGCCUAUGUGCAAGCUCACCUGGAAUCUAUCAAAGAGGGAGAGAAUGACUGCACUCCUGUGACUCAUAGUAAUGUAGAAGUAAAAAAUAAAGACAUCAACAGAACACUUCAACCCAGUUUCACCAGUCAGCCCCAGCCUUGGGAAGAGAAAGAACAAAGUAUGGAGGUCAGUUUCUCCUCUACUGAGGUAGAGGAGGAAGAUGAUGGUGAACAGAACCAGUGCCACUAUCCUGAGGACUUUGAUGAAGAUGGAAGUUUGUCUUCUCUAGAGGAACAAGGGGAACUCUCUGGGUUGGCAAUGAGGAGCAAUUCUGCUGAAUCCAUUGAGAUGCCUGUCACUGCAGAACAACUUGACUAUCCAGAUGACUUUGAGGAAGAUGAGGACAUAGACGAUGAUGGAGGGGACUGUGUCUGCACUGACGCUGCUCAGCAGCCACACGAUGAAACGCUGGUGGAAGAGUUUCAGCUUAGUGAUGCUGGAGGAUGGACCGUUACAGUGAAAGCAUUGAAGGAGAAGGGCUAAAAAAGUGCCUUACUUGAUAACAGUUUUCUGCAUCUCAGUUUGAAAAGGCUCUCAGGCCUCCCAUGAGCUGUCUUACAGCACAUUUAAGAGACCCUUUGGGGAUAAAAAAAUUCAUUUUACUACUGGAUGAUGUUCAAAACACUUGGUGGUGCUAAAGAGAGCAAAUAGUUGUGUUUA